CGUGGGGCUCAGCGGGCAGGUCGUUCGUCAGUCUGAGAGAAGAGGAGCAGCAGGAGACGGAGCAGCCUCCUCUCCUCUCUGAUGACAGCCUCUCAUUCCCCCCUCCAUCUCUCUCUCUUCUCUUCUCUCGUCUCUCUCUCUCUCUCUUUCUCUCUCUCUCUCUCUCCAACUCGUCCGAAACAACUCUCAACCUCCAGGAUUCUCCUCCGUCGCUUCCCCAUCGUCCCUUUUUCAGUUGCACCUCGUCUUUUCUGCCCCUCUCUCUCUCUCUGUGUGUGCGUGUGUUACUUUGCCUCACCCCUACGCACCCCCUCGACACCUUCCGGAGAUGUGAGUAGAUAAUGAGGACCCCCCGCCAGCGGUGACUUGUCUCCUCCGUGCAUCAUCUUCUUCCAUCCUCAAUCUUUUUUUUUUCUUUUUCCUUUUUUUUUUUUUUUUUUUUUUCUCUCGGACGCUCAUCUGCCUUUCAACAAUGUAGGAGAAGGUGCGCUGUCAUUUCAGCGACGAGGAUGCCAACUACAUGCCUUGCCUUCGCUCUCCGCAGCUCACAUCUUCGUCUUUUUCCAGACUGGGGCUUGAUGACAGACCUGCGUGAAGGCAAAGUUUGAGGGCACCUCUGCUCGGUUUUCCCGCUCACCUGUCCGCCUUGCAUGCGCCUGCCCCCCCCCCCCUCACCCCCAUCCCUCCUUCAGACUGACAACGGCGGACAUUAUCACCACCGAGAGAAACAACUGACGAGCAACUUGAGACAGAGACCUGACAAUUGUUCCGGUGUCUCCUUUUUGUUUUGUUUUGUUUUUCUUUUCUUUUCUUCGUUUUCAAUUUUUUUUAGUGGGAUUCGGCAGCGCUGUCGGAGGAAUUUCAUGUGCGCAACGUUGAAGGAUACGGCUCAAACGAUGGUUGCGUUGCUGACGGCUGGAGUAAGGUCCAUCACUUGAGUGUUUCCUCUUUAUUUUAUUUUAUUUUUUUUGUAUCAGCUAUUGUCGACUUUGCUGGGGGGGGAAAGCCCAUCUAAAUGGGAGGAUACCUGGAGGAUUGAGACGAGACGAGUCGAGAGAAAAAUGUGGAUAAAACGGAGCGUUGCGCGCAGUCCGUCUGCUUUGAGGCCAGGCAGCUGUGUGGGACACCGGGUGUGGAUCCUGCUGGCCAUGACCCACCUCACCCUGGACUUCUCCGUGUGCAGUCCCCUCAGUCAGGGCCUGGGGAUCAAACUCACGCCUAAACCGGUGCCUCGCUCACGACCACGCUGGCAGCCGCUCUGGGACACGCCCAACAAGCUUCCGUGGAGAACAGCUAGUCCGUUGGCCCGCCGGCUCGCGAACCCCAUCCCUCCGCUCCAAGACAGCAGGGCGGGGCUUAAAGUCAAGGCUCAGAAGCAUCGGAAGCCAGCGCAUAAAGGACAAGCGGCAUGUAAGGACUGCCGGUUGAGAUACUCUCAAAAGGAGACAGGCGAUCCUUUGGCUGUAAUAGCCGAAGCUCCUGCCGCUUUAUCCAGCGGGAGCAGGGGAGACGCGGUGAGGCUGUUACUUCGAGCCAGGAGGCAGCUCAAAUGGGACAGCUAUGACAAGUCUCAGGAGGGCCGGACUACCACAGUGGCCGGAUUUAUCGACUGGGGACCCACAGGGACAGAUAGCAUAGACGAUGACGGCAAGCCAGAGACCAACAUGACGCUGUCGACCCGGGUCUCAACCACCACAGUGGCCACAACCACUAGCACUACAACCAGGCUCUCCCAAAGGACGUUCACUGUGGUGACCACACCAGAGCCCAGGAGGCUAAGCACCACCAAGGCCCCUGUCGUGGAGACUGUCAAACCACCAAAGCCAUAUGAGGAGACACCAGGUUUGGCAGUUCACCAGAUAAUCACAAUCACUGUGUCUCUCAUUAUGGUUAUCGCAGCCUUGAUCACAACACUCGUCCUUAAAAACUGCUGUGCGCAGUCGGGGAAUGGCCGCCACAAUAGCCAUCAGCGCAAGAUCCACCAGCAGGAGGAGAGCUGCCAGAAUCUGACAGACUUCACCCCGGCCCGGGUGCCCAGCAAGGUGGACAUAUUCACUGCCUACAAUGACAGCCUGCAGUGCUCACACGAGUGCGUUCGGACUGCCGUGCCCAUCUACACCGAUGAGAUGAUCCAGCAGACGCCUGUCUACAAGACUGCUUACAACGGAAACAGGCCCUCCCCCACCGAAAGACAGCUGAUUCCUGUGGCCUUCGUGUCAGAGAAAUGGUUCGAGAUCUCGUGUUGACGAGCUGAAGGCCUUGUUCACUUCCUGUGGGUGGAAGAGACUUCCUGAAUUCACGCUCUGGAUCCAGUUGGAAACAAGAAACACAAAAAAACAGCUUCUUUUGUAAAAUAGUGUGAUCACUCUUUGGACACUGGUGAAGAUAUUUAUUUUUCUAGAGAUGACAAGCAGAGCGGCCUCGACGCUGCCACUCCAUAUUUCCAGGAACGUCCAGUCAUUUAGAUAUAGAUUAAUAUAUAGGUAUAUUUACAGGACGUGUGGGACGAGACUGUGGACGUCAAGGAUGUCUCGAGAUACAAAAGAAACACUUGACAUUUGACAAAAUUAAAAAAAAGGAAACCCACGGAGCUGCCAUGGGUGGAAGAUGAACUGUAUUUCUGAACAAUGUGCCAAUAAUGCCACUAUGUGCCACAACCUGGAUAGACGGAAGAUUCAACAACAACUGAUGGACUACACAAAGAGCGCUAUAUUAACCCUGUAUCGACUCCAACUACAUUGUUUUUUCUUCUUUUUUUGUUUUUUAAAGAAAUGUGAAAGAUAAAAAAAUGCUACAAAUGUAUUUGAAUAUGUUUUGAAAAUAGUUUUAAGAAAUGUGUCGCAAAAGAGUCUUAAAAGAUAUUUAAUAUGAAGCACUAUUCUAUUAGUCGGGGGAGGGGGGGAAGAGAGAGGAUGGAGAGGAACUGAAAACGGUAUAUGCUUUAGUGAACAGUUUGAUUUUAAAAACAUUGUUUCUAUAGGUCCCGAUAUAAAAAAGAAAACAGAUUAGUCGUGUCUAUUUUUUUACACGCUGAAGAGUCGCCACAGCCCUGACAGUGGAGGUUCCAACGCCGCUGGGGUUCAGCGCUGUUAAUUAAAUACUCCCAUCCGAGCUGAGAUUACAAAACUAAUCUGAAUACACCUGGUGCAUGCCAAUCCAUCGCUCGCUCCAAUCUCAUGCAAGAUUUGUACCUGAUAUAACUGGACGGGGAAAAAAAAAAAAAACUAAACUAAAAGGUGCAGGAUCACUGCUGCAACCAAAUCCCAUGUAUAGAUUUUUGAGUAUAAGUAAUGACAGCCACAACAGACUGCAUGGAGCUGGACAGGACAUCCAUACUGCCUCAGGUCUGUCGAGCUCUCUUGCACACAUUAUGUUGGUCUCGGUUUCAGCAGCUGUGUUGGGGAUGCAUUCUGACGAUCGGUUAUGAUUUAGAAUCGGAGCUGCAGCGCGCAAAGGGCGGACUCAGAUUCAGUUUGAGCCCCGAGUUCAAAUAAUUCAUGCGAUCACUUUGCAUUAAAUGGGAAAGAGAUUGAAAAAUCAAUCCGUCCGCAGGAAGUCAGUGAAUAUCUCCGUCCAACUCCCAGAUAGGUUAGUGUGGAUAAAUAAUUUUUGAAACAAAAUGAAGAAGAACAUGAACCAAUUUAUUCAAGAUGAAAAAAAGAAGAAAAAAAAGAAAAUGAUCAUCAGAUUUUCAACGGCGAACAAAGACGAAGCUGUGAAGGAGUAGCUGCAAAUUGGUGUCCCUCAGGAUCAAACUGAUCCGCAUCAUGUGUUUUAAAUGGAAUCCCGUCACCGGGUGCGUGCUAAGGGGUUAAUGAGCUCUCCACAGAGCCAGACCCCGCUGAAAACUCGAGGACACUAUUUUGAGCAUAUCACAAUUUCAGCUAUCACAGCCAGGACGUUGUGCACAAAUAAUUGUUUUCAAUUUGUGCCGAAGGAAGCGGAGCGAAAAAAAAAAGGAAAAAAAAAAAGAAAUACGACACGGACUGAGAAAUGAGUUGAAUUUUUAUUCUUUCGAAAACCUAAAUCACUCCGCCAGUGUAUUGUUGAAGUGAGGGGAUUACGACGAGCCAAUCAGCCGCUGCCAAAUUGGUUUAAAACUAUCUGUUAAGUCGAGGCGAGGGAACUCCAUGGUCAGGAAGGGCGGUAAAGCUCUCCCGAGAGCUUUCUAGCACCAGUAGUUUUAUUAUCAACCUUAAGCUCCGACAGACGGACGGACGGGUUACCUUUGUGCUACAAAGCUUUUGAGGGAAGCCGCCUAUGGAUCUACCUUUUCGUUGUGCUGUGGGUUUGUACAAAGCACAAAUACAAUUCUGUAAUUGUAAAACGUUUUUUUGGGGGGGGGCUGCAGACAGCAAUAUGUACUGAUUUAAAAAAAAGAAAAAAGAAAAAAAGGUGGGUUAAAGCGUGUGAUCUCCAGCAAUUGGAUUACGGCAGGUGGGUUUUACGCUCGCGCUCACUUCCUUAAAGGAUUCGAGGAAAACAGGUUGUCCCGGUGAGAUCGGAAUCUGUAAAAUGCGAGCCAUUCAGGACUGGCCUGGGAUAAACACUGUGGUGCAAAACUCCUGCAUUCACAACAUGAAAAACCACUCUCAUGAAUGACCCAUACCAAUUCAGCCUCACGUGUGUGUGUCAGGCUGCGGAGUUGCUUCUUUGACAUAACAUAUAUUUUUUUGAAUGAAGAGUGUUAUCUUAAUAGUCAGAGGGUUAUGAAACUUACUGUAUAUUAUACACGUGUAAAUGUAUUUUCUAUAUAUUUGCUUCUAUUUGUGUACAGGUGUGUUCUAUUUUUCAAGGCCUCUCCAGUUUUUGGGAAGGUUUCAGCUAGGUCGGGGAUAGUGUCUUUGUUUACAUGUGUAACUACGGUAUUUCUUUUAAAACACACAAACUAACCUUGUGCCAAGCUUCCUACCUGCACUUUCAAGCAGUACUUGUAUUAUAUCUUUAGCUAACCAGUAUAAUACUUCAGUAGACGCUGCAAAAGUUCAGAGACUGGAGAGUUAUUACCAGGAGGAAUGUCCGAAAGUGACCGGGCGGUUUUGAACAAGUGUUGCGAUCAUGUCUCUGGUUCUGCUGUAUUCAAGGUUGGCUGGGCAAACCGGUAACUCUCUGUUUCUUCGACAUCAUUUCUUCAUGAAUUCUAAUAGUGUUUCAUCACAUGAAUGGAGAAUUAACAGUGUAAGUCCAACAGUAGAUGCCAAGAAACCAACUAAACUUGAUCAAGACUGGUUUGCGUUCAUGUUUCAUAAUUUAUCACUUGUUUUUGUGUAACCGUAUUGCUAAAACCGCCCCGGAAAGUGUUUGCCACAAACUGCAGCCCAGUCGCCAGAAUAAAAUGUUGGCUGUUAAUGUUUCUGCAAACCACUGGUCCAUUGUUUCAUACGUACCCUAUUGACAUUAAUACAAUAUGUGUCAUCUAAUGUCCACAUGUGUGUGACAGGGCUUUCUUAUCAGGAGGCGUAGCUAGGCAACAAGCCAGUGACCACAGUUCCAGACUGCAAAGCCAAAACAUGAUCUUUUCCGAACCUUAACCAUGAUUUUUUUUUGUGCCUAAACCUGACCAGAUCAUAAACACAGUGUCAUUGUAACAUUAAAUAAAAUGAAAAAAACCUUAAGUUGCGACAUAUCGGUGGCUUGCAGAAAUGUACAUUGCAAAACAUUCUUUCUGGAGAUUGGGUUGUAUACCUCAACGACUGCCACAAUGAUCUAAUAUUAGCAUUUAUGAGCUAUAAAAUAAUCAGGGAAUGAAGAUUUAUGAGAAGAAGGUGUUGUGUUAGCUGCUCUUUUGAUGCAACUGCUAAACUGACCCAGACUGACACACAAAGACGUGUUUAAGGGAAUGUCAUUUUUUAUUUUUAUUUUUUUACAUUUAUUCCUGUUUUUUAAAGGAUAACUCUGGCUUAUUUCAUCUUUGGGGUGUAUUUUUAGCCGUGCUAGCUGUUGAUCAGUCAAUCCACCGCUUGACUGGAAUCGACUACAUUUUUGAAUCCCAAUCAUUCUUGUGAUCCCUUGACUGUAUGCUAAAACAUGAAAAACAUUAGUGCUAGACAUCCCCGUCUUUACAUUAUCAAUACAUUAUCAUAGCUGUUGUCUUGUUGCUUUGGUCAACAUUCUUACACAUUAUGAUGACAUUGUACUCACCAAAUGAAUUGCAGAGGUCUAAGAGCGUAAAAACAACAAAUGUAAAUUGUUUGCGAUGGCAGGCCAAUGAUGAUCCUUGACGUCUUGUUUCCUAGCAAUGUUGUUGCAUUUCCAGAUCUUAACAUUGAACGUGGCUGAGUGCAAUUUUAUUAUCACUUACAGCAAUGAUGGCCAAAAGUAUGGAAAUAAGUUCUACUAAACCCGAAUUAUCCUUUAAAAUGCACAUAUUGGAGGUUGUUAGAGGUUUUUGAUGAAUGAUAAUUAACUGAUUCCAAAUUACACCAGUAACAUUUAAAAAUCUGUUAACCAUUUGUGACCAUGCUAGUUGUUUGUAUUGUUGCAUCAAAAGAUGGUUAUGGUGGUUGCCUCUGUCCUACUAACACUGUCCCUGACAAUUAUGAAAUGUGACCUUAACCCUGCUGAAAAUUCAAUACCAAGCUGAGUAAUGACUGUGACGGACUAAUCCCUCAUUCUUUGAAAACCUUCAAAAUCAGAUUAUUGUACUAAGCCAAACUUUGGGCUUUUUAUCAUUUCAUAAAAGCCCAUUUCAAGGGUUAAAAGGGUUUCUUUUUUUUUUGCAUCGAAAAGCUUUUUUGCAUUGUUAGCAUCCCUCAUUAAAACCAGGCUGCAAGCUAGAAGCAAUUUGCUUUGCAUUCCUGAAGGACAUCUAGACAAAGAAAUAUGGAACUGUGUGGCAUAUAUUCUUUAAACAUGCACAGAUGUCUGGAGACAUGGGCAUACAUCAGCCUCGGUCCCCUUAGCUCCGUCUGAAAUCAAACUGAUAUGUAAGGAAAUGCCUUACUGCUUUCUUGCCUUUUCAGUUUAUAUUUCAAGACAGCUGAUGAGUGCGCUGUAUUAUGGCUAAGAGGGAGGAAAAUGAUUCCACUCCGCUGGUCAGAUUUGAUUCAGGAAACAUUAUCUGAGAGCAGCCGAGGCAAAGGGGUGGGGGGGAAUCUUGCAGGAAAGUCUUGAGCAGACACCAAAGACUUGACAUGCCUUUUUCACGACGGAUGAAUAUUUUCCGGCUCCAGUGUCUCCUCGGCAACUCACGCAAAGCCCCCGCGCUCCCCGUCAGCACAAACAAGCUAUCAAUCAGCAAGGCUGCUCCUGUCAGGAUGAAGGAUGUCCCGCACACUCAUUUGCAGGGACAGUGAUUCGUGUUUGCAUGCGAGACAUACAGAGUGGACCCUAUUGACAUAUCUGUUGUUUGAAUUAGAUGUUGGCUGAACAUCCCCCAAAGCCAAGUUCUUUUUGUUUUGUUUUUUUUUUUCCAGAAGAGAGGAUUAGUGAUUUGAAUUUUUUUUUGAGAGAGUCGAAAGAGGAGGGUAUUUAUCGGACAAUGAAAGGUUCAACUCAGAGUGAAGGUUUAUAGACUGAUAAUGUAUCUUACUGAAUCCAUUGUUUAGCUGUCAGAAAACUGUAGCUCCUCACUCCGCUUCUCCCCAUCGCUCCACAAAAAUCACGUACUGUGCGCUUACUUCUUAAGGGGAGGGCUCCGACCCUCCUCUCGGGUCAUGUUUUUACUUUUCUAUGUAAAAAGAGCUAACGCACUGUCACUGUCGGUGCUUAUCAAUACAAUCGAAGACUUGAAAAAAGAAAAGCAACUCUUGGUUUGCAGCAUCUCAAUUCUCUCAUAAUCCCUCUGCUAGAUAGAGACUAUCUGCGUGACCCAAAUCUGCCGCUGCUGCGUUUUUGAUUUGCAUAGACAGCGUCGGGCACCGUACAGUUUCCAUCAGGAUGAAGUGUGGGUCUGGAAUGACUGGCGCGGCAACUAGGGAUAACGGGGGGGAAAUAAAGAUCAGUUGUUGCUAUUUCCCUGGGAGCUGUGGAUUGAAGUGUUAACAAAAAAAAUUAAAAAAAAAAACAACAAGAAAAACAUAAAACUCAUACGUACAUUCUGGAAUUCUGGGGAUGAGGAACAUGUGUGUGUGUGUUUUUUUGUUUGUUUUUUUUCAGGGGGAGGGAAGGGCUUUUCACACGUGGGCACACAGCGGUUUGUUCAUAGAAGCUGACUUACAAUCACGAUUCCAUACCUACCGUGAAGGAACCUGACUCGAAGUUGUGUUGUCGCCAUAAAAAUGAAGAGUUUGUACUUUGUGACUCUUAAAAAUUUUUAUAUUUGUGUUUAAUAUAUCAAUGAGUACCUCUGUUAACUUUUGUAUAAGACUAUAGUAUAUACGAACACACAUACACACACAACACACCUCCACAAAAGGGACUCCAGUCUGUCUCUGUGACGGCUAAAUGUUGUAUAACUUUUAUUUUGUGUCUUAUGAACCACCUCUCUUCCUUUUGUAGUUAUUGGUAAACGUUUCGAUUUCCAGGUGACUUUGAUUUGGUUACUCUUGUACUACUAAGCUCUGUAUUUGCAAGCACUGUAAAUGCGAUUCUCAUUGGAUUCGUCCUCUGUACAUUUAGUACUCUGAUGUUGCUAUUAAUAAAAUGUAAAACAAUA